GGUCGCCAUGGAGACGGGCCCCGCGGCCUGACCCGCAACGAGGAGCCUUCGGUCCGCAGGGCCCAGCCUGAGGUAGCGGGGCCCCUCCCGGCAUGAGGCGGGUGCAUGGCCGCCCCGAACCACCGCUGAGCUGGAGGGGGGAAGAGAAAGAGACUGUGGACCUUAUGAGAACACUUUAAGAACUGCAUGAUUGGAUUAAGGGAGGCCUGAACUGUAAGAUUGAGGCAAUUAUCUUCAGGCUGGGAUGAACAUCUGCAGUAAGCCACCUAACAAGACAGCCCCAGAGAAGACUUCUGAAACAACUUUUGAAGUUCAGUCCCAGCACGCCAGGAGAAAUGGCUGGAGUUGGCCCCCACACCCCUUCCAAUUCGUUGCCUGGUUACUUUUCUUCUUCUUUGCGCUGGUUGGUUUUGGCAUCCUUGUGCCUCUCCUGCCCAUUCGCUGGGUACCUGCUGGGUAUAUUUGUCCCGGCGUCUUCUUUCUCUGCCAUCUAGUAGUUCACCUUACCGCAGUUUCCAUUGAUCCGGCCGAUGACAGUGUGCGGAAGAAGAAUUACCAGGGGCCACUGUCCGCAUUCAAUCGCACCCAGCACGCUCAUGUCAUUGAAAACCGUCACUGUCACAUCUGUGAUGUUGAUGUGAGCUCCAGAUCAAAACAUUGUGGGUCCUGUAAUAAAUGCGUAUGUGGCUUUGAUCAUCACUGCAUGUGGCUCAACAACUGUGUGGGAGAGAGAAAUUAUUGGCUGUUUCUGAACAGUGUAAUAUCUGCCAUCCUGGGCCUUCUCCUAAUCCUACUUGUUGCUUUCUAUGUCUUUGUUCAAUUCUUCCUUGAUCCCAUGAAGUUACGCACCGGACAUCACUUUGAAGGCUUGAAGAACCAAACAGAUGUCUGGUUUGUGUUCCUUCCUGUUGCUCCAGUUAAGACAAAAGCACCUGCAAUCUUGUCUUUGGCUGGUCUGCUGAUAAUUCUGGGGUUACUGACUCUGUUCCUGUUGGGCCACCUAUUAGUCUUCCAUAUUUAUCUGAUGUGGCACCGAAUGACCACUUAUGAAUAUAUUGUCCAGCAGCGUCCCCCACAAGAGGUGAAGGAUCCUGAGAAGCAGCCAGAAUUCUACCCUCCCCCAACAAGGCCCAUUCAGGAUAUGCAAUUUUAUGCAGGGAGUCUUGGAUAUACCAAUCCUGAGAUGCAGGUGGAGAACUCAUCAGGAUUACCACCUGGGAGAGACCUGCCCAAAUUUUGUAUCCGCAAUGAUGGCAUAGACAACAAGACCGUACCAUCUUCUGAACUUCCAGAUUUGCAGUCUGGAGACCAGCGACAGCUUCAGAAGAAAAAGAAGAAGAAGAAGCGAAAGAAGUUGCAGAAGGUUUCCUCUUCUGGGUUGGAAGAAAACUCCAAGGUGAUUCUUGCCCCGUGGACCUCUUUCCCAGUUCUACAGUCAGAACCGUCCAUCGCUGCCGCCCCCUCUUCAACCUCCUCAUCUUCCAGCCUUCGCCUCCUUGCACCGUCUGGUCCUCCUAAAGCAACCUUACCCACCGACAGCACAGGUCCAGUCCAAGCCGCAGGUCCUCCGGCUGAUUAUCAUUCCGAGUCAGCGGAGUCCAUGGAGGAGAUCCCUGUGGCUCAGACCCGUCUGGGGAGCAGUGCCACGAGCGGAGCUUCCAAGAGCAGUUCUCGGCGCCUUCCUUUUCCCGCCGUCUCCAUUAAAGGCACAGGGGAGAAGCACCGGCAUGCCGGGCACGGCACAAAAAGCAAGAACUCUCAGCCAGCCAGGGCCCAGCCAGCGGAAGAGCUGGAACUGUCUCCUAAGAUCCCGUCCGUCUUUGUGAGCAGAAGUAGCGGGGAACCUCCUGUCCCCAAUCUCUGGUCUGGCGAGACCCCGUCUGAACCUUCUCACAGAAAAUGUUCCAGCAAAAGGCACAUCGAUGAUCAGAAGUACCACGUUUGGGAGUCAAACACUAGUUCCACGGCGGCCUAGAUGCCUGGUAACCUGAGAGCUAUAUCAGCCGAGAGAGAGAGAAACUAUAGUGUGUGGCCUGCUCACUCUCCAAAUAUAUUGGUGUUCAUGGAUUUAAUCUCGAGUGAUCUGUCUUGCUCUCUGGAGCAGGCUGGUAUUUUGCUUAUUAUUAAUAAUGCCUUUUGUUCAGGGGGGAGAGGGGGACACGGGGCAGUUCCUUUCCUGUGGUAGUUCAUGAAGAUAAAUGGUUUGGCUCUGGAGGGCAGCCAAAGGGUAGAGUUAGCCAUCUCCCUAACAGGGUUUGAAGAUUUGGGGACUAAGCUUUGCAGAUGCUUAGUUUUCUAGGCUGAGCUCUUUUAUAGACCUCAGCAAAGCUAAACCUACUUCCCUGGAGUUCUUUGGGAGUGCCAAAUGUAGCUCUCUUCUACCCCCUAAGCAGAGUAGGGAGCCGGAAAGAGCGUACUUCCCUCUGGGAAACAUUUCCUCUAUGUGCUUAUGUCUGAAAAGAAGACACAAAAGGGGUUGUUCCCACAUAGCCUUUGCCUUUUUCUCUGCUGCUUAUUCUUGCCUUGCAACGCAACCUCAGGUUUGGGGUUUUUUUAAAAAAAGCUGGAGCGGAACCCUUGCAUAAAUUUGGAGGGAUCCGAGCCAGUUUCUUCACUUGGGACAACUUCCCUUGAGCACCUCUUCCUUGGUAAUCCAAAACCUUGGGUGCCUGAUGGAUCUUGGGUAAGAAGAUGCACCCUAAGACCUCUCUUGGAGCCAGGCAUGCAAAGAAGGCAGUUGUUUGUUUCAUGGUUCCUUGGACAUUCCGGGGUCCUUAUUUUUUUACUUUUAGGGAGGGACCACACUCGGUAUCCAAAAAGUUCCAGGUCCUUCCCUAACAUUUAUUUUAAAAGGAUUAAAUAGCAAUCGAUGGGAAAGACCUUUGCCUGAGACUCUGAAGCUACUACUGGUCAGAAUAUAAGACUAGAUGGACAAGUGAUCUGGCCUAACUGAAGGUAGCUUCCAACAUUCAUUUAGCAAUAUUAUGGAGCGCUUUGAACAGCUCUGUUCUCAAUAAAUAUUUUUUCUAUGCUCUUUGCUAAA